GACAAAAGACGGCCUGGCAGGCCCGUGAAUGCUUAGACUAUCGUCCCAGGAAAAUUGGGUGUCGGGACAAUUCAGAUUCGAGUCUGGCAACUCCGAUUGCCGGUUGCCUUUCAAGAACCCUCUAGGGUUUACAUUCAGAUUUCUAUUGCCUGGCCGUACUUCAAAAUGGGUAAGAAUCAAGCGUACAAAGCUAUGCAGAAAGCCAGGCUGGGAUCCUCAAGCUCUACUGGGCCAGUUGAGAUUGAAGAUGGAAUGGUGGAUGGUUCAUUUCAUUCACCAGAGUGGCAUGCUGCUCGUUUGGCCAGCCUUAAUACUUCGCACACGAUUACCUGGGAGGAAUAUAAACGGAAGCAAAAGGAAGAUGAAUUGAAAAAGGGAGAGCUGGAAGCAGACACGGAUAGAAUGAUGAAAGAAUAUAGAGCGCAAUUGGAUGCUGAGAGGGCACGCAAACUUGCUCAUGGAAGAAACCGUUCUAGUGGCAAGACGGGUCAUGAAAAGGAUAGGAAGAACAGAGAUUUAAAGAAGCGGAGCAAAAAAAAGAGAAAGCAUUCCAAGAGGAAAUCGUCCGAGUCUAGCUCCUCGAGUUCAUCCUCUGAUAUGUCCAGCAGCGAUGAAGAGGAAAGGGAAUCAAGAAGAUCCAAAUCCAGAUCGAAGAGAUCAAGAAGGGAAAAGAGGCAUAAGUCGAGAACCAAGCACUCUUCCAGCGAUGAAGAAGAGGCCGAUGGUCCGGUACCACUGUCAAGAUUUUUUGAGAAAGUGAAGAGUUAAGGGGCAUUUGUUCAGUAACGUUUAUACAAUUUCCAGUCUUGAAAUAGCAUAUUGAUCCUCUUCUUCUUCAUUUGCAUCUACGCAUUGUUGUUUCAAUUAUUGGGUUUUUAAGGUAGGAGUGGUCCAUGUCGUAGAAGAUUGGACCCAUGUGAUGAUGCGAAUUACCGAAUGUGAACGAUCAAGUUAUCAAAACUGCAAAUAUUCUAAACUAACUCCCA